CCCGGGUGCCCCCGGCUGAUGGCCCUGUCUUGCAGGUGUAGCCGCCGGCCACCAUGGGCAAACAGAACAGCAAGCUGCGGCCCGAGGUGCUGCAGGACCUGCGUGAGAACACGGAGUUCACCGACCACGAGCUGCAGGAGUGGUACAAGGGCUUCCUCAAGGACUGCCCCACCGGCCACCUGACCGUGGACGAGUUCAAGAAGAUCUACGCCAACUUCUUCCCCUACGGCGACGCCUCCAAGUUCGCCGAGCACGUCUUCCGCACCUUCGACACCAACGGGGACGGCACCAUCGACUUCCGGGAGUUCAUCAUCGCGCUGAGCGUCACCUCGCGGGGCAAGCUGGAGCAGAAGCUCAAGUGGGCCUUCAGCAUGUACGACCUGGACGGCAACGGCUACAUCAGCCGCAGCGAGAUGCUGGAGAUCGUGCAGGCUAUAUACAAGAUGGUGUCCUCUGUGAUGAAAAUGCCCGAGGACGAGUCCACCCCGGAGAAACGAACGGACAAGAUCUUCCGGCAGAUGGACACCAACAAUGACGGCAAACUGUCCCUGGAAGAGUUCAUUAAAGGUGCCAAGAGCGACCCCUCCAUCGUCCGCUUGUUACAGUGUGACCCCAGCAGCGCCAGUCAGUUCUGAGGGACCCGGCGUCCGGAAGGUUGCAGAGAAACACAGGCUCUGCCUCGCCGUUUCAGCUUUGCUUGCAAAAGUGGAUGCCUCUCCUCCACCACUCCUGCUCCCCCGGCCGGGGCCCCGGGCGACACGCGGCACCUGCCCGGCCUGGCGGCUGCGCCUCCCCCCUCCCCCCGGCCUCCUCCUGCCCCGGCCCGGCCCCCAGGGCGCCGCCCGGGCAGGUGUUUACACGCGGGGCUCAUAGUUCUCGAUUCCGGGGUGCCUCCCCGCCCCAGGGAGCCCAGGGCACGCGGCUGAGGACACUGAUGGGACUUCCCAAGAUGGAGACAAGGCGGGCUCAUCCAUCUCGCGAUCGCGGGUGACCGUGGGAAAGCCGGGGACAAGAACGGAGGGAGAGGAGACGGGCAAGCCCUCCCCCGUGCAUGGCUCCACCUCGCUCGUCCGUGGCCUCCGAUCAGAGCUGCUCGCACGUACGCAUACUAUGGCCUCCUUUCUUUUGAUAUAUAAAUUAUGCCCGUGGUGAGGUGCAAUGUCCCGUGUAGGUCCCGUAUUUCAUGCGUCCGUUGCCUGUGAAGCGUGGUUCCCUCGUGGCCUGUGGUCUCCCCUCCCGCCCCCCGCGCCCGGCCCCGAACCUGGUUAUCUUGUGGUAUUUAUGCGCUCUCCAUCCGCCCGUGUCAAAGGAAAUGCAUGCGUGCCCCCGUGCUGUGGAGACCCUCCCGUCCACGUAGUGAACACAGGCGUCUGUGCAAGGGCUGUCCUCCCGUUGAUUGGUCUGGCAUUUCCUGUAUUAAAAUGAUCAAAUAAACGGAAUCCUUGGA